CGGAGGGAGGGAGGGAGGGAGAGAAAGAAAGAGAGAAAAAGAAGGGAAGGGAGAGGGAGACGGCUGCAGCCCGAGGACAAGCGCGGAGCGGCGGGCCGAGCGGGGGGCGGGAGACAGGAAGGAGGGAGGCGAGCGGAGGGAAGGGGAAGAGGUCGGGGAGCGAGGGCGGGAGCGGUCGCGGUCGCGAUCGAGCAAGCGAACGAGCGGGCGAGGGGACGCCCUCCCCUAGCCUCCAGUGCCCCGCUUCCCUCGCCGCCGCCCCGCCAGCAUGCCCGGCGUGGCCCGCCUGCCGCUGCUGCUCGGGCUGCUGCUGCUCCCGCGUCCCGGCCGGCCGCUGGACUUGGCCGACUACACCUAUGACCUGGCGGAGGAGGACGACUCGGAGCCCCUCAACUACAAAGACCCCUGCAAAGCGGCUGCCUUUCUUGGGGACAUUGCCCUGGACGAAGAGGACCUGAGGGCCUUCCAGGUACAGCAGGCUGCGGAUCUUAGACAGCACACCGCUCGUAAGUCCUCCAUCAAAGGUGCAGUUCCAGGAAACACUUCUAACCCCAGCUGCCAGAGCACCAACGGGCAGCCUCAGAGGGGAGCCUGUGGGAGAUGGAGAGGCAGAUCCCGUAGCCGACGGGCGGCAACGUCCCGACCAGAACGUGUGUGGCCCGAUGGGGUCAUCCCCUUUGUCAUUGGGGGAAACUUCACUGGUGCUGCUUCUACUGUGGUCGCCGACGUGCACCGGCCGCCCCCAAGCCAUCAUUCCAUCGGCAAGAACUGUGACAAGUUCGGCAUCGUGGUCCACGAGCUGGGCCACGUCGUCGGCUUCUGGCACGAACACACUCGGCCAGACCGGGACCGCCACGUUUCCAUCGUUCGUGAGAACAUCCAGCCAGGGCAGGAGUAUAACUUCCUGAAGAUGGAGCCUCAGGAGGUGGAGUCCCUGGGGGAGACCUAUGACUUUGACAGCAUCAUGCAUUAUGCUCGGAACACGUUCUCCAGGGGCAUCUUCCUGGAUACCAUUGUCCCCAAGUAUGAGGUGAACGGGGUGAAACCUCCCAUUGGCCAAAGGACACGGCUCAGCAAGGGGGACAUUGCCCAAGCCCGCAAGCUUUACAAGUGCCCAGCCUGUGGAGAGACCCUGCAAGACAGCACAGGCAACUUCUCCUCCCCUGAAUACCCCAACGGCUACUCUGCUCACAUGCACUGCGUGUGGCGCAUCUCCGUCACACCCGGGGAGAAGAUCAUCCUGAACUUCACAUCCCUGGACCUGUACCGCAGCCGCCUGUGCUGGUACGACUACGUGGAGGUCCGAGAUGGCUUCUGGAGGAAGGCGCCCCUCCGAGGCCGCUUCUGCGGGUCCAAACUCCCUGAGCCCAUCGUCUCCACUGAUAGCCGCCUCUGGGUUGAAUUCCGCAGCAGCAGCAAUUGGGUCGGAAAGGGCUUCUUUGCAGUCUACGAAGCCAUCUGCGGGGGUGAUGUGAAAAAGGACUAUGGCCACAUUCAAUCACCCAACUACCCAGAUGAUUACCGGCCCAGCAAAGUCUGCAUCUGGCGGAUCCAGGUGUCUGAGGGUUUCCACGUGGGCCUCACGUUCCAGUCCUUUGAGAUUGAGCGCCACGACAGCUGUGCCUACGACUAUCUGGAGGUGCGUGACGGGCACAGUGAGAGCAGCACCCUCAUCGGGCGAUACUGUGGCUACGAGAAGCCCGAUGACAUCAAGAGCACAUCCAGCCGCCUCUGGCUCAAGUUCGUCUCUGACGGGUCCAUUAACAAAGCGGGCUUUGCAGUCAACUUUUUCAAAGAGGUGGACGAGUGCUCUCGGCCCAACCGCGGGGGCUGUGAGCAGCGGUGCCUCAACACCCUGGGUAGCUACAAGUGCAGCUGUGACCCCGGGUACGAGCUGGCCCCAGACAAGCGCCGCUGUGAGGCUGCCUGUGGCGGAUUCCUCACCAAGCUCAACGGCUCCAUCACCAGCCCGGGCUGGCCCAAGGAGUACCCCCCCAACAAGAACUGCAUCUGGCAGCUGGUGGCCCCCACCCAGUACCGCAUCUCCCUGCAGUUUGACUUCUUUGAGACAGAGGGCAAUGAUGUGUGCAAGUACGACUUUGUGGAGGUGCGCAGUGGACUCACAGCCGACUCCAAGCUGCAUGGCAAGUUCUGUGGUUCUGAGAAGCCCGAGGUCAUCACCUCCCAGUACAACAACAUGCGCGUGGAGUUCAAGUCCGACAACACUGUGUCCAAAAAGGGCUUCAAGGCCCACUUCUUCUCAGACAAGGACGAGUGCUCCAAGGAUAACGGCGGCUGCCAGCAGGACUGCGUCAACACGUUCGGCAGUUAUGAGUGCCAGUGCCGCAGUGGCUUCGUCCUCCAUGACAACAAGCACGACUGCAAAGAAGCCGGCUGUGACCACAAGGUGACAUCCACCAGUGGUACCAUCACCAGCCCCAACUGGCCUGACAAGUAUCCCAGCAAGAAGGAGUGCACGUGGGCCAUCUCCAGCACCCCCGGGCACCGGGUGAAGCUGACCUUCAUGGAGAUGGACAUCGAGUCCCAACCUGAGUGUGCCUACGACCACCUGGAGGUGUUCGACGGGCGAGACGCCAAGGCCCCCGUCCUCGGCCGCUUCUGUGGGAGCAAGAAGCCUGAGCCCGUCCUGGCCACAGGCAGCCGCAUGUUCCUGCGCUUCUACUCAGAUAACUCGGUCCAGCGAAAGGGCUUCCAGGCUUCCCAUGGCACAGAGUGCGGGGGCCAGGUACGGGCAGAUGUGAAGACCAAGGACCUUUACUCCCACGCCCAGUUUGGUGACAACAACUACCCUGGGGGUGUGGACUGUGAGUGGGUCAUUGUGGCGGAGGAAGGCUACGGCGUGGAGCUCGUGUUCCAGACCUUUGAGGUGGAGGAGGAGACUGACUGCGGCUACGACUACAUGGAGCUCUUCGACGGCUACGACAGCACAGCCCCCAGGCUGGGGCGCUACUGUGGCUCAGGGCCUCCUGAGGAGGUGUACUCGGCGGGAGAUUCUGUCCUGGUGAAGUUCCACUCAGAUGACACCAUCACCAAAAAAGGUUUCCACCUGCGAUACACCAGCACCAAGUUCCAGGACACACUCCACAGCAGGAAGUGACCACUGCCUGAACAGGGGCGGGGACCGGAGCCUGCUGCCCUUGGUCACUUAGACUGGACAGUUGGGGUGGGCGGAAGGCGACGCACCACACCUCUCCCCCAGGCCCCAGGACCUGCAGGGCCAAUGGCCCGGUGAGACUGUCCAUAGGAGGUGGGGGGAACUGGACUCCGGCGUAAGCCACUUCCCCACAACCCCUCGACCAGCAAGGGGCCGGGGCCGGGGAGCAGAGCUUCCCCAAGACAUUUCAAAGUCACCAUUCCUCUCUUCGGGGGCCCUGCCUGGUGGCAAGAAGGAAUAUCAGCAGGACCCCGUUGCCGUCCCUGUGUCUACACGCUGUAUUGUGUAUCGCCGGGGGCAUUAUCUUCAUUGUAAUGUUCAUUUCCCACCCCUGCUCCAGCCUCGAUUUGGUUUUAUUUUGAGCCCCCACUACACCCCCCAGUUUCCUGGGGCACAAGUGUCUGUGUGUGUCCCCCAGGAGCCGCUGUGGGAAGCUGAUGGGGAGGGGAUGGAGGAACAAGACAGGGCUUCUCUCAGGCCCAGUGGCCGGUCAGCCACACCAGGGCACCACAGCCAAUAAACCGAAAGUGUUACAGCCAA